GGAAAAUUCUCACUAACCGUCUCCAACUGAAUCCUUGUGCGGUACAACCUUGACUGCGAAGCGCACAACCUUAAACAAAAGCGACAGUUGUUCACGCGCGAACCUCAGCUCUCUUCUUCCGAUUCGAUCCCAUUGAACUGAUUACGUUUUCUAAUCUUACUCAUUGAUCGGAAUAUGGGGGCGGCGAAGAUGAAAGGUACGAGGAUACGCCGACGUUCGGCGCCGAGGGUUCCGUAUCUAUGUUUGUUCUCAUGCACGAUUCUUCUCAGCUACUCUCCAGUGCUAAUAUCAGCUGCAGUCGUUACACUUGAUUCUAUUUUGAUAUACAAAACCCAUGAUUGGCUUCCAGCCAAGAAGACAGUUUCCUUUCAAUGUAAAGGGGAGCAUUCAAUAGUUUUACCAGAUGUGAAAGAAAAGCAUGUCCUGUAUACCUUCAAAGGUGAAGAAUCUUGGCAGCCUCUAACAGAACUUAAAGAUAUAAAGUGCAAGCGUUGUGGAUUCUAUGAGAAGGAUGCCAUCACUACAAUGACUCCAUUUGAUGAAUGGGAAUUUUGUGCAUCUGAUUUCACGAGGUCUGAUGGCAAAUAUGUUCAUCUCAAGGAAAAGGAGAUUAAUGCUACAUUUCUAUGUCCAGAAUGUGUCUCUCUUGCAAAUGAUGCAGAGUAUUUCUCUAAUGAGAAAAACUACUUCAAAGGGAUGCACUGGAUUGUGGUCACCAUUGUCGCUGUUUUAGUCUCAGGCGUGGUAAUUGCUGGCUUCAUAACUGCUUAUAAGUACUGGCAGAAAAGAAAGAGGCAGCAAGAACAGGCACGUUUCCUCAGACUGUUCGAAGAAGGUGACGACAUUGAGGAUGAAUUGGGUAUCGGCCCUCUUAGUUCAGUUUGAGAUAAUUGUACUCAAUUCUUUUCACAACUUCAUUUUUUCUUUUUGUAUAUUAAAAUUGUCCACAGCAAGGGGGCAAGUUUCCUACAAAACUAGAAGCAUAGGUGUGAAGCAUACGAACUUCACAUGUUUUGACACAGAUGAAGCAUACGAACUUCAAACAA